CAGCAGCAGCUGAAAGACGUCGCUCGCGUUGCUCUGCUCGGGCUCACGCGAACGAGGAGAGGAGGAAGGAGAGAGAGAGAGAGAGAGAGAGAGAGAAAAAAAAGGAGAGGGGGUCUCGAGAAGGAGAGGCGACAAAAAAACUUGGACAGGUAAGACAGGUGACGGCUCCGGCGGUGCUGGGAGGCUUUUUCCGCGGCUGCUGCGUUUUGUUAUUUUCGUUAUGUCGACGGUAUAAACACGGGGAGAGUUAUUUUUCUCCUCCUCCGCUUUAAAAAGAAAAAAAAGAAAAAAAAAGAAAAAAAAAAAGAAAAGAAACCGUGAAGUGCUCUCGAGGCGGUUUCUGUAGAAACGAGAGAAUAGUCGCGAGCGUUCGUUCGCGAGCCCAAGUUGUUCAAAGUGUCUCUCACGCGCCGUAAUUAACAGCUUUCACCGGCGGAGAGGACGCUGUCUCGUGGCACUCUCGGGGCGUCGAGGAAAGAGAGGGAUGCACUGAGGAAGAACUGGAAAGCCUCAGGUCUGAAGUUAACACUCGCCGGGGAAGUGGAGGAUGCAGUCUCGCAAUCAGGAGCAGCCAUUGGCCCUCGCCACGGUCAAGACGUACAACUCAACCAAUGGGAAAGAAGAAGAGGUGAACACAGAUGCGGAGUCCAUGGAGGAGGAGGCGGAGUUUAACUGGGAGGAGUACAUGGAGGAGACGGGGGCAAACGCCGCCCCUCACACCACCUUCAAACACGUGGAGAUCAGCCUGCAGAGCAGCUUCCAGCCCGGUAUGAAGCUGGAAGUGGCCAAUAAGAGCAGCCCGGACACGUACUGGGUGGCCACCAUCAUCACCACGUGCGGCCAGCUGCUGCUGCUGCGCUUCAGCGGCUAUGGCGAGGACCGCAAGGCCGACUUCUGGUGCGACGUCAUGACGGCCGAGCUGCACCCGGUGGGCUGGUGCGCCCAGAACGACAAGGCCCUCAUGCCCCCUGAAGAUAACGUUUACCUAAGAAAAGCCAUCAAGGAGAAAUACAGCGACUGGACAGAGUUCCUCGUUCAGGACCUGACUGGCUCCAGGACGGCGCCGGCCAACCUGCUGGAGGGGCCUCUCCGAGGUAAGAACACAGUAGACCUGAUCGUCGAGGGCUCCGUCUUGGAGCUUCAGGACGUCUCCGACCCUUUCCUGUACUGGCCUGUCCGAGUCAUCCAGAACGUCGGAGGGAGGCUUCGCCUGCGCUACGCCGGCCUCUCUGAAGACCUCCAGGCUCAGGACACCUGGCUGUUCUACCUGGACGUCAGGCUCCGGCCCCUCGGCUGGGCCCCGGAGAACCGUCUCACCUUGGAACCGCCCACAGAGCUCCGGUCCGUGAAGAGCGCCGCCGACUGGCAGCAGGCUCUGGAGGACGCUCGGCUGGACGCACAGAAGAGCCCGCUGCCGCUCGAGGUGUUCAAGGACCACGUAGACCUGCCCAAGCACUCCUUCAAGAUGGGGAUGAAGCUGGAGAUGGUUUCUCCGUGGGAGCAGCUCAAGAUCUGCCCCGUUUCUGUCACCAAGGUCUACAACGAGAUCUACUUCCAGGUCACGCUGGACGACCUCUCCGUCGAUGCCAAGCCACGGUUUGUGGUGUGUCACGCCAACUCGCCGGGCAUCCUGCCCGUCCAGUGGUGCCUGAAGAACGGCGUGGGCCUGGAGAGGCCCCGAGGAUACGAGGGCCAGGACUUCGACUGGGCCGACUACCUGAAGCAGAGCGGGACCGAAGCAGCUCCUGACGCCUGCUUCCCCGACGCAUGGCAGAGCAGAGGCUUUGCCAAGGACAUGUGGCUGGAGGCGGUGAACCCUCACCGGCCGGUGGAGGUGUGUGUGGCUCAGAUCACACAGGUCAGAGGACGCCUGCUGUGGCUCCGACUGGAAGGUGUGGCAAAGCCCCUGUCAGAGUGUAUCGUGGACGUCGACUCCAUGGACAUCUUCCCUGUUGGCUGGUGCGAGGCCAACGCUUACCCUCUGACCCCUCCGCUCAAACCUGUCUGCCAGAAGCAGAAGAAGAUCGCGGUGGUGCAGCCAGAGAAACAGUCGGCGCCGUCCCAGCCGCUGGAGAUGACUCCCGUCAACCACUGCCAGCCUGUCGCCAUGGAUCCAGGCUCCGCCAACGGCCGAUACUGCUGCUCCAAGAUCUUUGUCAACCACCGCUGUUUCUCAGGACCCUACCUCAACAAAGGACGCAUCGCGGAGCUGCCGCAGGCCGUCGGACCCGGAAAAUGCACGCUGGUCCUCAAAGAGCUGCUGAGCAUGUUGAUCAACGCCGCCUACAAGCCCGGACGAGUCCUGAAGGAGCUGCAGGAGCUGGAGGAUCCGAGCUGGGACUGCCAAGAGGAGACCCUCAAAGCCAAAUAUAAAGGGAAAACCUAUCGCUCCACCAUCAGGAUAGUCCGCCUCGCCGACCAGAUCCCGGACUUCUGCCGCAAGGUGUGUGUGAAGCUGCAGUGCUGCCCGAACCUCUUCAGCCCCGUCCUCGUCACCGACAAGUGCCCGGAGAACUGCUCCGUUCAGACCAAAACCAAAUACACUUAUUACUAUGGGAAGAAGAGGAAGCUGUCCAAGCCGAUGGGAGGAGAGGAGGCGGCGGAGGGGGAGCUGGCCAAGCCGACGCGCCGCAGGAAGAAGAGGAAAGCUAUCUUUGUGCAGAAGAAGAGACGCUCAUCCGCCGUGGACUACACUCCUGCUGGCUCACCGCAGGACAGCGACGAGGGAGAGGAGGACGAGGCGCUGCAGUCGGGCAGUGAGGGCAACAGCUCGGAGCCCCGCGACGACCACACCGACGCCUCCUCGGUGGAGGUGACCAGCAGCCGCCCUCGCCGGGCCGCGACGCUGCGCAGGGCCGUCAGCAUGGUAAACGCCACGGGGUCCAGCCAGGAGGCCUCCGAGGGUCGCCGGAGGUCGACCCGCUCGCUGUCGGCCUACAACCAGAGCGACAGCAAGUACCAGCCGCCCAAAGGACAAGACGUGCAGGUGGAGGAGGAGGAGGGGCAGCUGGUUUUGGACAGAAACCCUCUCGAGUGGACGGUAGACGAAGUGGUUCAGUUCAUCAACUCGACUGACUGUGCGUCGCUGGCAAACAUCUUCCAGGAGCAGGACAUCGACGGUCAGGCGCUGCUGCUGCUGACUCUGCCCACAGUCCAGGAGUGUAUGGACCUGAAGCUCGGCCCCGCCAUCAAACUGUGUCACCAGAUUGAGCGCGUCAAAGUCGCCUUCUACAGACAGUACGCCAACUGAGCGCCACUGAACGUCUGCUGCUCAGCUGAGAGGAGACAAGUUGUGUUUGUGCACGACGUGGACAAAUGUGUGUUGGAUUAGCUUCCCUCCUCCUGGUGGAAAACUUGUGGAGUUUGUGCGGAUUUCCAACUUUGCAAGAAGAAGGAUUUUUUUUUUUUUUGUUUUUGGGAACGUGAAUUUGCUGGAGGACGUUUUCUGACGAGGAGCUGAAGGAUUCAUUUCUUGGGCGCUGUCGGUGUGAGAAUGUGACGCAGAACCCACAUAAACUUCAAACCAAACACAUGGGAAUGGAUCCGUGUGCUUUCCUGAUCUGUGAAGAAGUCAUUUUGAGAAGCUGCAGACUCUGUUUCUGAAGACUUUUAUGUUUAUUUCUUACUUUUCAUUCCCAUUUUAUUUGUGAUAGAGGAGCAUUAUAGCAUUUAAGUUAAAAUAAUAAUGAAUCAUAAAGACUUUUCCCCUUUUUGUGUGACACAAUUGGUUUAAAAAAAAUAUAUAUUUGAAAAGUAUUUAACAACCCAAGAAGUAAUAUAUUUGGAAUAUUUAUUGUAAUCCUUAUUUAUAAGGAGGAAUCUGUCUAUUUGGAUGCAGAGAAAAUAAUGAUAAUGAUAUACAUGUUAUUUCACAAACACAAGCCACUAUCUGUGUUUGUUUAGAUUCACAUCUCAGUUUCUGUUUGUAGAAGAAAAAAAAUAGAAAAGAAAGAUGUCCCAUGUCACCACCCUCCAAAAUAAUCCAAACCCAGUGCUUCUUCUCACUGUUACAAUCACAUGAAACAAUCAUGAAAGCUAUUUUGUGUCCAUCUAUGCAAAGGUGUCGCAGAUAUUUUUGAUAAGUAAGAAAAUAAAUUUCUAUUGAUUUUUA